GAAGCAGGCGGGCGUUCAGCCGGCGCUAGGCCUAUUCUCUGAAGGGAGUGCGCUGGACAUUUCCCUGCGUAACUCCCAUCUCUGGGCCCAGAGUCUGUGCAUGGCGGACUCCCCAGGGAACUCUACCCUGGAGGAAAUUCUGGGGCAAUAUCAACGGAGUCUCAGGGAACGGGCCAGCAGAAGCAUUCACCAACUGAAAUGUGCCCUGAGAGAAGGUGAUGUCACCAUUGAAGAAGAAGCACUGGAUCCUUCCUUUAGCACCAAUGUAGGAAUUGAGGACCCUGAGAUAGCCUGGCAUGAACUGCAACAUAGCCAUGCCGUUAAACAGCUCAAAGCUAUGUUGCAUCAGCAAGCAAGUAAGGAAAAUGAGAUAUCUCCAUCAAGAAAACAAAAAAUGCCCCCUUUGAGAUCAUCAGAAUAUGAGGAAACUAAUAUGCCUACUGUACACAACCUUGUUCCUAUCAUUAAUGACCAAUCUCAAUACAUUCAUCAUUUAGAGGCUGAAGUCAAGUUCUGCAAGGAGGAACUCUCUGGAAUGAAAAAUAAGGUACAAGUAGUUGAGCUUGAAAAUGAAAGACUCCAGCAAGAAAGACUCCAGCUGAAAUCUCAAAGACAAGAGGAGACAAUGAGGGAACAAACACUUCUGGAUGCAUCUGGAAACAUGCAGAAUUCUUGGGUUACAACAGUUGAUGAUUCCAGGGUAAAUGAAGCUGCCAAGAAAAAAACAUUUUUCCAUGAUGAUGCAGAUAUUGGCAAAGCUACAACUAUUGGAGAGGCUGAAAAAUGGAAGCUAGAACUAGAGGGGUUAAAACUUACAUAUGAGGCAAAGAGUGAAAUCCUGGAAUCUCAAUUGACAUUUUUGAGACAUUCUAAAAAUUACUCCACCUCCUUUGGGCUGCUUGAGAGUCCUCAAAUCUCAAGAGUUGAAGACGUAUAUUUCAGCCGGGAGGAAUGGUUGUUGGCGUUUCCUCUGCAACAGAAAGACUUAGCUGAAUAUCAGAAAAACUGUGAAGAUCUUAGAGAGCGAUUAAAGCAUAAAGAGUCUCUUCUUGCUGCUAAUAUUUCCAGCCAUGUUGGUGGCCUUUGUUUGAAGUGUGCUCAGCAUGAAGCUGUUCUUUCCCAAACUCAUAAUAACGUACACAUCCAAACCAUCGAAAGACUGUCUAAAGAAAGAGAUGACUUAAUGUCUGCACUAGUUUCUGUAAGGAACAGCUUGGGAGAUAUGCAGCAAAGAGAAACAAGUGCUUAUGAACAGGUGAAACAAGCUGUGCAUAUGACUGAGGAAGCCAAUUUUGAAAAGACCAAGGCUCUAAUCCAGUGUGAGCAGUUGAAGAAUGAACUGGAAAGGCAGACAGAAAGGCUUGAAAAAGAACUUGCAUCUCAGCAGGAGAAAAGGGCCUUUGAGAAAGAGAUGAUGAAAAAAGAAAUAACGAAAGAAAGGGAGGACAUGGAAUCAAAGAUGUUGAUCCUGUCUCAGAAUAUUGCCCAACUUGAGGCCCAGGUGGAAAAAAUUACAAGAGAGAAGAUUUCAGCUAUUAAUCAACUAGAAGAAAUUCAAACCCAGUUUGCUUCUCAGGAAAUGGAUGCCACCAAGGUGUGUGGAGAAAUGCGUUUUCAGUUGAAUAAAACCAAAAUGGAGAAAGAUGAGGCAGAAAAGGAGCACAGAGAGUACAGAGCAAAAACUAAAAGGGAUCUUGAAAUUAAAGAUCAGGAAAUAGAGAAAUUGAGACUAGAACUGAGUGAAAGCAAGCAGCACAUGGAACAGGAGCAGCAGAAGGCAGCCCGGGCCAGAGAGGAGUGCCUGAAACUAACAGAACUGCUGGGCGAAUCCGAGCACCAACUGCACCUCACCAGACUGGAAAAAGAUAGCAUUCAGCAGAGCUUCAGCAACGAAGCAAAGGCCCAAGCCCUUCAGGCCCAGCAAAGAGAGCAGGAGCUGACACAGAAGAUACAGCAAAUGGAGACCCAGCAUGACAAAACUGAAAAUGAACAGUAUUCAUUGCUGACCUCCCAGAAUACAUUUUUGACAAAGUUAAAGGAAGAAUGCUGUACAUUAGCCAAGAAACUGGAACAAAUCUCUCAAAAAAGCAGAUCUGAAAUAGCUCAACUCAGUCAAGAAAAAAAAUAUACAUACGACAAACUAGAAAAGUUACAGAGAAGAAAUAAUGAAUUGGAGGAACAGUGUGUCCAGCAUGGGAUAGUACAUGAGACAAUGAAGCAGAGGCUCCAGCAGCUGGAUAAGCAUAGCCAGGCCACAGCCCAGCAGCUGGUGCAGCUGCUCAACAAGCAGAACCAGCUUCUCCUGGAGAGACAGAGCUUGUCAGAAGAGGUGGACCGGCUGAGAUCCCAGUUACCCAGCAUGCCACAAUCUGAUUGCUGACCUGGAUGAAACAGAGUGAAAUAAAUGGUUUACAAAGAGAUAUUUACAUUCAUCUGAUUUGUACUUAAUAUGCCACAACACACCGCACCUUCCCAGGGUAAUACCACCUCGGACUGCACUGGGGCUGGUCCUCAUGCCUCGUUUUUUCGUCCCUGCAUUAGGAACCGGCUAGAAUUGAAAUCUGAACCUGGAUGAGGAGACUCCUGGUAUAUGUUCUCAGAAAUGGCUUGAAGUUACUGUUUUUAAAUAUGCUAAUUUUAAACACACUAGGUUAUACAUAGGAAUUUCAAUAAAUGACCUUUUUUAAAGACUUAAA